GUAUUAUUUGUCAUAAUUAAUUGGAAUCCAAUAUUUACCCCUAGUUAAUUAAUGAAUUAAUAAUACAAGACCCACGAUAAUUUGAUUAAAAACAAUGGAGUCAGAGCCUGUGCAGCCAUCUGAGUUGCAAAUUAUCAAAACUGAAGAUACAACAAAAACAUGCAACGAACAAGAAACGUUACAAUCGACGAUUCCUCCUUCGAAUAAUGAAAACGAUCCUGACCCUGGAUCAAAUGUAGCUAUUGUAAAAGAUCCACAAAAACCAUCUCCGAAAAAGCCAAAAAAACGCAAACUUAAGGUUCCACGCGAUGUUACAGCUCCAAGACAACCACUUACUGGCUAUGUUAGGUUCCUAAAUGAGUGCAGGGACCAACUGAGAGCUGAACAACCAGAACUAGGUUUUGCGGAGCUGACGCGCCAGUUGGCCAGUGAAUGGAGUAAAUUGCCCACUGAAGAGAAACAACAUUAUCUUGAUGCUGCAGAUCAAGACAAAGAACGAUACAUAAAAGAAUGGGCUGAAUAUAAAAAGACAGAUGCAUAUAAAGAAUUCCAUAAACAACAAAUGGAACAAAAAGAUCCUGUACUUGCUACUAAAAAAGUUAAGCAUAAUCCCCCUAGUGAAACAAACCAACAGAAUAUAGUUCCUGGUGCACCUCAACCUAUUGCGAACAUGUUGUACAACCACAAAAUGUUCCUAUUGUUGCAACAAGACAGCCAACUCCACCACGGCCUAAGCCAUGCAUUACUCCAGCAAUGUUUAAAGGUUGAUGAUUUGAAUGGUGGUGAUACAGAUAUACCUAUUUUCACUGAUCAGUUUCUUCAACACAACAAACUGAGGGAAUCAGAACUUAGGCAACUAAGGAAAGCAAACUCUGAUUACGAACAACAGAAUGCAAUACUUCAAAGACAUGCUGAGGAAGUGAGUGCAGCGACAACACGACUGCGUGCAGAGACAACUGCAGCAGCGGAGCGCACAGCAGCGCUAGUUGCACACCGGCGAGCGCUUGUCGCAGCCCUAGUACACGCCCUACAGUCACUUGCGAUACCAUUACAAAAUGGAGCAAGUGGUGCAACUGAAGGAAAUAUUGAAGAAUACAUGGAUAAAUUACAUGCAUUGGUGACAGAAAACAAAAAUAACCCAAUUGUAAAACAAGCUCGUGAUAUUUUAACCAGAAAGUCGAGCGCCCGCGCACCGCGUUCGGACGUGUCUAUACGCAAAUAAAUAAUAAAAAAAGAAAAAAUAAUCAUGGUACAGUGUAAAAAGUGCAAACAAUUUGUUUCUACAAGUAAAGAAGACGUGUUAAAGUGCAAAGGGGAAUGUAAAGGGGUAUUCCAUAAGAAGUGUGUUAAAAACAAUACUCAGUUUUUACAAAAUGAGAUGUGCGAUCUUUGUAUGGCGGAUUGCGUUAGCGAGUCAGAAUGUGACAAAACCAGCGGUAGCUCGGUACCAAUUGA